AUUGUCGGAACGGAACUGCAUAGAAAUUGUCACAAAACUGAUAGCAGAAAAGCAGUUGGAAGUAGUGCAUACACUUGAUGGAAAAGAGUAUGUCACUCCAGCACAGAUUAGUAGGGAGAUCCGGGAUGAGCUUCACGUUUCUGGUGGUCGAGUAAACAUUGUUGACUUACAACAGGUAAUAAAUGUGGACCUUCUGCACAUUGAAAACAGAGCUAAUGACAUCGUUAAAUCUGAAAAAACUAUUCAGCUUGUACUGGGACAACUUAUAAAUGAGAGUUACCUGGAUCAACUAGCAGAGGAAAUAAAUGAUAAACUACAGGAAACUGGCCAGGUGACAAUAUCAGAACUCUGCAAGGCAUACGACCUUCCAGGAGACUUCCUGAUACAGGCCUUGUCCAGGCGUUUGGGUAGAAUUAUUCAUGGACAACUAGACCAGGAAAACCGUGGGGUGAUUUUUACAGAAGCCUUUGUGUCCCGGCAUCGAGCACGCAUUCGUGGUCUCUUCACUGCGAUUACUCGGCCUACACCUGUAAGUAACUUGAUCACUCGGUAUGGAUUUCAAGAACAUUUACUUUACUCUGUGCUAGAAGAACUUGUUAACACUGGUCGUCUAAAAGGCACCGUGGUUGGUGGGAGACAGGAUAAGGCUGUGUUUGUUCCAGACAUCUACGCCAGAACACAGAGCAACUGGGUGGAUUCCUUUUUCAAGCAGAAUGGUUACUUAGAAUUUGAUGCAUUGUACAGACUUGGCAUCCCUGACCCAGCAGGCUACAUUAAGAAAAGAUACAAGUCCACACAACUCUUGUUUCUGAGAGCAGCUUGUGUCGGUCAAGAAAUUUUGGAUCAAGUUGAAGCCUCUGUAGAGGAAGCCAUCAGCUCUGGAAGCUGGAUAGAUGUAGCAACUCUUCUGCCCAGUUCAUUGUCAGUAGACGAUAUUGGGAUUUUGCUUCAGCAAGUGAUGAGAUCUUUAAACAAAAAUUCUUCAGGUUUAGUCUUCAGUGACACCAUUGUGGUCAGUGAGAAAUUCCUAAGCAGCUGUGCUGAUCUGUUUUCUGAUAUGAUGCAACAGAAGGCUGAAAAGGAAAUGAAAAAUAACCCUGUUAAUUUAAUCACUGAAGAAGAUUUAAAACAGGUUUCUGGUUUGGAGAAUUUAUAUGCUAAUAAAAAAGACAAAAAGGAUGAAAGAAGAAAGAAAGCAACAGAGGGCGGUGGAAGCGUGAGAGGAGGAGGAGGUGGUAACGCUAGAGAGAUCAAGAUUAAGAAAACCAAGAAGAAAGGAAGAAAGGAUGCUGACAGCGAUGAAGAGUCACAAGCAACUAGCACAAGUAGGAAUAAGCAACCAGAGUUCCCUUUCAUGUCACAAGAGGAAAUUCAGGAUGUUUUAAAGACCCACAUGCAGGAUUGCCCUGAAGAGCUUAUUACAGAACUUGCUGAACAUCUAAUAAGACCUUUAACGAAAACUUACCAGGAAGUUGUGCGUUCUGUUUUUACGUCUUCAACAUCUUCCUCUGGAGCCAGCAGAAGACAGACUAUGAAGGACUUGCAGGAGGAAUUCUCAAACUUGUACAACAACAUCCGGUUAUUUGAAAAGGGAACAAAGCAUUUCACAGAUGAGACUCAGACCAACCUUGCCAAACACCUGUUGAAGACUGUCUGUACAGACAUUACAAAUCUUAUUUUCAACUUCCUAGCGUCUGAUUCCAUGAUGACAACAGAAAAUUAUUCUACAAUCACAAGUGAGGUCCGGACCAAGAUUUUAAGUAAAUUGCCAGAAGACACCAAAGGUCCUUUAACUAAACUGCAUACUUCUCUGAAUGGCAAGAGUGUAGAAGAUUUUCUUUCGUGCCUUGAUUCUGCAGUGGAUAUUUGUGGUAUUAUGGUGAAAAAAGGAGACAAAAAGAAGGAAAGGCAAGUCCUGUUUCAGCAUCGACAAGCUCUGACUGAACAGCUAAAAGUCACAGAAGAUCCAGCUCUUAUUCUGCACCUGACAUCAGUGCUGUUAUUUCAGUUUUCAACCCACUCUAUGCUUCAUGCACCAGGAAGAUCAGUACCACAGAUCAUUAAUUUCCUAAGUGGCAAGAUUCCAGAGGAUCAGCAUUCUCUGUUAGUCAAAUACCAGGGAUUAGUAGUGAAACAACUGAUCAGCCAGACUAAGAAAGCUGAACAGGUAGAUGAUGACACAACAGAUAACCUGGAAAAGGAGGAAGGAGUAGAUACUAUUCGAAAAGAGCUCCAGGAAAUCACUACCUCUAUCAAGGAUCUUGUUCUCAGGCCUAGGAAAUCUUCUGUAACAGAGGAAUAAUAUUGUUGUUCAGUGCAUCCACAGCCAGAAU